AUGUCCAAAACAUUCACCCCCGCCGACGUCGCGACACACAAAGAUGCGUCUUCGGGUCUCUACAUCAUAAUCGACGAUGGAGUUUACGAUGUCACAAAUUUCGUCGAUGAACAUCCCGGCGGAGCGAAGAUCUUGAAACGCGUUGCGGGCAAGGAUGCUACGAAACAGUUUUGGAAAUAUCAUAAUGAGGGCGUGUUGAAGAAGUAUGGGGGGAAAUUGAGGGUGGGGAGUGUUGCUGAGAAGGCGAAGCUGUGA